CUCGCCAACUACUUGGAAGGCCUGUACAACAGCAGUGACCUCGUUCAACAAAGGGAAUUUCGCGGAUUCGUCAAGGAUAUUGCGACUGGAAUGCGCGCUCUCGAGAAGUGGAAAAUUCAGCACAGAAAUCUGGCUGCUCGCAACAUCCUCCUUGACGCGAAUAAGAGACUGAAGAUUGGUGGAUUUGGACGCAGUCGUCCACAGGGCUCGCACUUCACGUCUGGUGACAUUGCAAUCAAGUGGGCUGCCAUGGAAGUGAUUGAGGAUGGCAGCAAGUACACACUCUCCUCCGACGUGUGGUCGUAUGGUGUCGUGUUGUGGGAGAUCUACAGUGUGGGUUACGCGCCGUACAAGGAACUUGGAAAUUCGCAAGUGCUGGAGUACCUGAAGGCAGGGCACCGUCUUGAGCGACCUCUUGAUACUCCGGAUGAUAUAUACUCAAUGAUGAUGGAUUGUUGGAAGGAGGAGCUGUCGGAUCGACCUACCUUCAGUGUCAUCUGUGAUCGUCUGUCCGGCCGCACACAUGUGGGUAAAGGCACGCCUCCUCCAGUGCCCCAAAGACCUGCAUAA